AAUAUCACGAAAAUAAUCAAAUGAAAUUAUCUGAAUCCCCAUCCUCAUCUAAUCUUCUAAAUCCCUAAUCCACAACCUAUACUAUUCCCAGCCGCCUCCUCUGCCCAUCCAAUAAGUCUUUGUCUUCUCCAUUCCUUUGAACUGCUGGAGCAAGAACCCAAAAGCAGCUCCUUCUCCCACAAGCGAGUCUUGCCAUCUCCCUCAAGAUGCUGUCUCUUCUGCUGGAGCAAGAACCUAGGCAUCUCCCUCGACUGUGAACCCUCACAAACUCGCUCCACGCGUGGGUUCGGUAUUUUGGUUUUCCAAACCCACGAAAGCCCAAAAGCACGGAAGUAUCGCCCGCCUCUCCCAGCCCUCACUCGUCUAGUUUUCUAUUGUCACCACGGUGUCGCUUCGAAGCAUAGAGUUUGCUCACCGUCGCCGUUUCCUACCUAAAGUAAAGAAGAAUAUGUUGCUGCCGGGGUCGACAGACAAUAGCAGGACAGGUGAGAUGGAAUAUAUUUUCAGGAAUAACAGUGUUGAAGAUGUCAGUUGGCUUGUUCUUUAUCUGAGUCUGAGCUUGAUAUGAUCAUUAGCUUAAAAAUGCUUGUACUUCAAUGUGCGAAAUUGUUUGGACAAGACCAAAUAACUCAAAAAUUUGACCUCAAGAUGCUUCGAGCUCUUGGGCUAAUUAUGAUGGAAUAUGUCAAAGAGAAGGUUAAGGAGAAGUCACUGGUUGCAGGUUUGGGAGAAUCUGUUGCAUUCUUGGAUUCUUGUAAUCUAUUAAAAUGUGAUGUUGAAAAUAUUUUGGAUAGCGAGGAGGUAUUAAAUUGUAUAGCUGCUAAAUUGAGAAAGAGACAUGCAAAUAGGGUCUGCUUUUGUUUACAGCUUGCGUUGCAGCUACAUUUUGAUCUCUGUUUCAGGCUCCUUUUAGUGGUUAAAAAACAUGACAUUAAGGACAAGAAAACCGUGGGAACGAUGCCUCAGGCUUUGAUUCUUAUCAAUUUCACAACUAAGCUAAGCAAAUCAACCUCACAACAAAGACAAGUGCACAAUGGAAUGGAUGAUGAAUUGGAGGGUGGAGCAAGGUUCAUGGUUUACUUUUUGUGUAUCUUGUUAUGUUUUUGUUUUUUACUUUUGAAGCAAAAGAUGUGCAAGACUAUAGAAUUUUAUUAUGUAUGCUUUCAAACUCAAGUUAGAACUAAGAACUUUUGAAGUGGACAGUGUCAUGGUUUGAAGUAGCUCGUCUUCAAAUGUAAAAAUACUCAUGGUUUAUCAUAUAUAUUGAAUAUUUUAGA